CAUCUGGAAAAUGUUGUCGAAAUCAUCUCUGGCCUUUUUGGUAUUAGCCUUGGUGGGCAGCGUUAGCUGCUUCCCCGAAAGUCGUGUGGUCAAUGGUACCGCAACUGAUAUUACCACCUAUCCCUUCAUGGUGUCGCUGCGUGGACCCACAGGUUCACAUUCGUGCGGUUCCAGUAUUAUAGCACCCCGUUGGAUUCUGACAGCUGCCCAUUGUGUUAGUGGACGCACUGCUAGCCAAUUGAGCAUUCAAUACGCCACCACUACAAUUAGUGCCAAUGGCGCCAAUGUUAUUGCUGUUAAACGUAUCAUCAUGCACGAGGGCUACAAUCCAUCCAAGUCGUAUGCUAACGAUAUUGCCUUGUUGGAAUUGCAGGGCCAAUUGAUCUACAAUUACAAGACCAUUGCUCCAGUUACUUUGCCUGAGUCCUACUUCGAAACAGAUCAAGUGUCGGCUGGUUCUCCAGGUGUAUUGGCUGGUUGGGGUUUGAAUGCGACCGGCGGUGUCGUCCAAAGUCAUUUGCAAUCAGUCGAUUUGAAAAUCUACUCCGAUGCUGAAUGUCAAGUCCGUCACAACUAUGCCACUACCGCUGAUCAUAUUUGCGGUGGUGUAGAUGAAGGCGGCAAGGGUCAAUGCUCUGGCGAUUCUGGUGGUCCUCUAUUGUACAAGGGUGCCGUACAAGUUGGCAUUGUCUCAUGGAGUAUUAAACCCUGUACUGUGGCUCCCUAUCCUGGUGUUUACACCAAGGUAUCUCAUUACAUCGAUUGGAUUUAUAAACACAUCAACUAAAUGUAGACAUUUGAAGUUAAAAUAAAUGAUCAAUGAUUUA